UCCACGCAACCUCUGAUUUUCGCCGUCGCGUAGGUCGUCAACUCUCUGUCGCGGCAUGCCGAAAUGUGGCAGCCGAGCCCACGGCUGACGGGCCCCACCCACUCCCUGUGGAGGCGAGAGAGCGUCGUCGAGGCAGCUCGAUCUGCCGUCCGUUCCACUAUACGGGCGGGCAACAGGGGGGACCCCUUCCCGCGUCCGCCCGCCCGCUGAGAUAUUUUCCGUCACCGAUCGGCCGUACGCUCCCCAUCCGACGACUCCGCUGCCGCCGGCGCAACCGACGGCGGCCUUUUGAAGACGUGGCCCAGGCGGGUUGGGUUCGCUUUUCCCUGUUCCUCCCAUCCCUCCCUGAUCUCUCCCAUCCCCUUCUCCUGGGCUGGCUGGCCAGUGACGGACCAGCCCUCUCCCACCUCGCACGCCCCUGUGGCUCCUGACCUUCCCACCACCGGAGUUAAUGCCGCCUGGCCUGGCCGUCUCGCUGGCGCGGCGUGGGACGUGGUAGCAGUACCGCGCGUCGCGGUUGGGCCAAUGGGACGGGCGUAAGUGCGUAAGCGAGGACGCGAGGUGAGGUGUGGAGAUUGAGGGGUGGGAGCUGUUGUGGCGCGUGUCUCCCUGUCGCCCGCAGCUUCUUUUUAUUCCUCCCGUCCGGUUCCGUUCCGGGGAAUUGAUUCUGGGGAGCCGGCGCGGCCGCGGCUGCUUUGAUCCCUUGCCGCCUGCCUGGCCUGGGCUCUCGUACCGCAACCGCAAUUUGGCGGCGUGCGUGUUCCUUGCCUAGAUUGGCGUGAUCCAGCUCUGCUCCAACCGUAGAAGUGCGCGCACUUGCUGCUAGCUAAGAAGCAUCUGCAGUGAUCGUUCCAGGCUCGUGAGGAAACUCAUUUGCUCGAAUCAUGUCCGACUUUGUCGGGAGCAGAUAUACCAAGCAAGAAGAUUUCCAUGUUUUGUUGAGCAAGAAAGAUCCUGGAGAACCACCUGAACAUAAGCACGUCCUGUGGAUGGCACACUGGACCAAAGCAAGCAGCAACAAUGGCAGCAGCAAUCCUUUGGAGGGUACCACCAAGGGCACUACUACGAAAGAUAGCGAGACCUUGCCUUAUGAAUUCACGGAAUCUACGGUUGCUAAAAGGCUCAUGGUAGGAGUAAGCCAUGGAAGCGCCUCCAUGCAGCAUGACCGACAAUUCAAUUCUAGUGUGUGGGGUAUGGCACGCCAUAUUUCCAACGAAUUGGGACCGAAGAAUAGUGAACAUGUUGAUGGGUCUUUUGAAAAAUUUGUGAAGAAGGAUGCUGUGAACUUGAGAGCAAGGGCAGUUGUGUCAGAAACAUACUCUGUUCACAAGCUUUCAGAGUUACCGUUGGAUUUUCAGCACCUUGGGAACUCCGACGAUCCAAGUCCAGAUUGGAGCCACUUUCCAAUGUUCGAAAUUAAUCGAAAGAUUGACAGUAUUCUCAACCGCAAACGAAGGUCUGCACCUCUGAAUCUAAAUGCGUCUGCAUCCCAUGUAUUGGCCCUAUCGUCACAAGAAUACAUGAUGCACUCACAUCAAAUAGCUGACGAGAACUUGGAUAUGUGCAGACCUGCAGAAGGCUUUGCAUCUCACUUAGAAGAUCCUGCUGGCCUCAAUUCAGAUCCUUCAGGGCCAAAGUUAAAAGGACAGUUAUUGGAUACCGUGUCAUGUUCUUGCAGCAAGGACGACACCAAUUCAGCAGAUUGUCUAAUAGACGAGCAGCAUACAAGCCACUAUUUUGCAAACUCAAAGCAUGAACUGCCCUCUGUAUCUAACGAAAAGAAGUUCAAGUUUGCAGGAAACAACCACAAUCGAAUUCUUGCAAGUGCGUCCCAUAAACAUGAAAGUGUUGCAGAGGCAAUGUUCUGUGCACCAGUACUUGGUAGUGAGCUUCAGAAUGAACCUAUAACUAUUUCCAACAUCGGCAAGAAGGAUGGUGAAAACUUCCAUGAGAUGUAUAAUUGUAAUAGCAAGGCUGUUCCUUGUUCUUUGUUAGCUCAUGAGCACCAUCGUCAUCUGAAAACACAGAGAACGGAAUCUGCAGGAAAUUUGAAAGUCUGCACGUUACCUGAUCAACAAACUGCAAAUGAAUUGGCAGACAAGAGUAAUGGUGACCUGCUGACAUAUGGACCAAAGCCAAAGAAGGGCUCUUGCAACCGAAGAAGCCUCUAUUUAUUCGAAAAGUUAACGAUUCCUUCCAAAUCACAAAGUGCAUAUCCUAAAAAUUCUGCGUCUUCAGGAAAAUCUAGCGGCUUUGGAGUUUGUAUGUACGGCACCAAUAUUGGAAGCCAGUUAUUCGGAGCACAGAAUCAAUCUUCAUCUAAGACUGAAACAUUGCACAGCGAUGCUCUUAUUGGGUCCAAAUCCUCAGCAGGCAUUGCUUCAUUAUCGGCACAAAAGGACAACGGUUGCCCAGCCCCAGCCCCAGCCCCAGCCCCAGACGAAGCGAAAAGCGAGCAGCUAGCAGCUCCGUCGUCCAACACCAAGCAGGGAGGAGAAUCAGCAUACAGUAAAGAAGAUGGAUCUCAUAAUCUCAACGAAGGCCACGAUGUUUCGUCCAAAGCAGCUAUCGGUAGCAAGCAACCAUGCAUGCCUGGAGCAGGAAUCACGAACCUGGAUCUCAUACUCUCCCAGAUGAGCAGGAUGAGAAACCAGAUUCCCAGUGGCGGUGUAACUCAGCCACCAAUAGGCGCCGAGCCAAGUGAUAGAUGGCUCAAGCGCCUGCAGCUCGGCGUACCAGACCCUGACGUCCUUGGUUCCAAGACCAAGAGGCCAAAAGUCGGAGACAGUCCUCCGCCACCCAGGCAAAUAAACCGGUCCUUUGACGUGGCACUCCCUUGCAACCCAGGAAAACAGGAGGAGCAGAGCUUGAAUGGAGGGGGGAAAGUGCAGGGAAGAGCCCCCCCGAUUCCAGAGAAGAGCGUCAAUCGCUGGAUAGGGAGAUGGUGCCAGGGCGGCACUCCUGUUUUCCGUGAAGGCCCAGGCCAGGGAAGGCAGGCAACGAAACCUGCUGGCCGGUUGUCCGAGGAGCUUGAAGGACAGUUCUUUCCAAGCACUGCGGCGAUGGCGAUGAUGGGGCGCGCGAUGCACAAGCUCCGGCCGUGCGAGCAGCAGCAGAAGGGGCCAUUCGUGGUGUGGAAGAUAGAUUGACCUUUUUGGGUGUGAUAUACUUGUUUCUUUAAAAAAAAUAAAAUGUAAGGCAACUAUGCAUUUUGCCUGGCUGUGGCUCAUGGUUUAUUGCUUUCUGGUAGUGGAAGUAGCUAGGUGUAGUGCCUACUGAUUGUGUAAUGCUUUGCUGUACCAAAAGUGUAAUACUAUACUGUUUACUGUGUCGUUCGUUAUGGUGAUGUACACCAUGGAGUAAUCGAAUGGGACAGACGAAUGAACUGGAA